AUGUUUCUACAAAAUAUUCACUUAUUAUAUUUAACAAAAAAUAUUAAAGAUCUUUAUAAAUAUUCUUCUUCUUUAUAUCACAGUUCAUCAAUUAACCAUGGCCAACAAAAAAAUUCAACGUCUUCUGUACCAUUUACAAACAUGUUUGAUGAUUCAAUAUCACGUUCAUCGAUAUUAAUUAAUCGAUUGACUAAACAUGGUUUUGUCACUUCAAAUAAUUUAAAAAUUAGAGGUCCAAUCUUAAUUUUAAAUAAAAAUCUUUUUUUAUGGGAUGUACCCCAAAAGGUUAAUAGUGGUGGGAAAGGUGUUUUUGAUGUAUGGAAUAAAAACUUUUUAAAGAUUUUUGAAAUUGUAAUUCCAAAACCUGGAAUGCAAUUAGAUGCUAUGGAUUCGGAUAAUGCUGCAUCAACAUUUAAUGUUCUAACAGAGGAAGGAAGAAAUGUUGCCGCAGCUUUAUUACCAAUCUAUCCAACAAGUGCAAGAACUGGCGAACCACUCUAG